AUGAAGUUCUCGCUCGUCGCUCUCGCCACCAGCGUUGCCGCCGGUGUUAUCGACGGCAGUGAGAAGCCUGACUACCAUCCCGACGCUGGUCAGCCUGUCAAGCCCGAUUAUCAUCCUGACGCUGGUCAUCCUGUUAAGCCUGAUUAUCAUCCUGAUUAUCAUCCUGACUCUAGUCAUCCUGAUUAUCAUCCUGAUCACCAUCCUGACUAUGAUCAUGACCAUCCUGAUUGGUCUGAUCAUCGUACCAAAUCUGUUUAUCCUACCUGGUCUGAUCAUCAUACCAAAUCUGAUCAUCAUACCAAAUCUGUUCAUCCUACUUGGUCUGACCAUCAUACCAAAUCUGCUCACCCUACUUGGUCUGACCAUCAUACCAAAUCUGAUCAUCAUACCAAGUCUGCUCACCCUACUUGGUCUGAUCAUCACACCAAAUCUGAUCAUCAUACCAAAUCUGUUUAUCCUACUUGGUCUGGCCACCAUACCAAAUCUGAUCAUCAUACCAAAUCUGUUUAUCCUACUUGGUCUGAUCAUCAUACCAAAUCUGAUCAUCACACCAAAUCUGUUUAUCCUACUUGGUCUGACCACCAUACCAAACCUACUCACACUACUCACUCUACUCACACCACUCAAACGAUUCACCCUAUUCAACCUACCCACCGUCGUCACAACCAGACCACUCACACUUACACCACCGUCGUUACUGACUAUACGACCUACUGCCCUGAACCUACCAUUAUUCCCAUUCACCCCAACAAGACCAUUACUGUCACCAAGCCUACCACUCUGACCAUCACGGACUGUCCUUGCACCAUCACCACCACCAGCGUCGGCCCUCCUCCCCCGACCAGCGUGCCUCCUCCUCCUCCUCCCCCUACCAGCGUUCCUCCUCCUCCUCCUCCCCCUACCAGCGCUCCUCCUCCUCCUCCUCCCGUUACCAGCGCUCCUCCUCCUCCCCCGCCUACCAGUAACCCUCCUCCGGUUAUCGUCAACCCGCCGCCUUCAAGUGUCGUCAACCCUCCUCCUGUCAUCAUUAGCCCUCCUCCGAAAAACGUCAGCACUCCCCCUAUCAUCAGCCCUCCUCCGCAGACUCCCCCUGUCAUCAUCAACCCUCCUCCGAGUCCUCCUCCUGUGAUCAACCCGCCUGUCACCAACCCUCCUGCUACCAAUACUGCCACCGUCCAGCCCACCGUUACCAACCUUCCCAUCAUCACUGCCGGUGCCGGCCGUCAUGGUACCAGCGUCGGCGCGCUCGUCCUCGCCGCCGUCGCCGCCCUGGCUCUGUAA